AACAUUUUAUUACUUUCCCAAAUUGUACAACUUGACAAGUCCGCUCGAAACCAUUUCAUUCGCACAUCUGGCAGUAUCUCAACUGCCAUCUUCGCCAGCAUUGCAAAAUUGCAGGAAAUCAUAAUUUCAUUUGUGAUAUGAGUUCAUCGAUAAGAAACUACAAAACUCGCCUUCAAUCACCGGUAACCAUCACUUAGACGCAUCACCUCAUUACUUCAAGAGUAGCGGUGCAGGAAAGAAAUGACAGAAAACCGGCCAAAGUGUGAAUCGAUAUUUCGGUUGUGUUUUAGAGACUUUUUUAUCAGCUUGAAAAUUUUACUCAAACUCUUAGUUACUUUUUGGUUUUGCCUUAGCGUAAUUCAAGCCGAUUACACGCGCUUAUUUAAUCUAAAGCGAAGUACUGCUGAUAAAGACUCUCCAUCGAACGCAACAAAUGUUUCCCGACCACGCAUCUUUUGCCUAAUUUUUACCAGCGUUGAACGACAUGAUUACAUUGCGAUUUAUGGCCAAAGUACGUGGAUUAGGAAUUGUGAUCGUUAUCUAUUCGUGAGUAAUUCAAUACAUCCAGUUUUGGAGCCGUUGGUCAUCAAGAAUCGCUACCGUUGGGGAGCCAUGUUAAUUAGCCUCGGCUACGUAUAUCGAUAUUAUGCGGACGAAAUGGAUUGGCUGCUGAAAGUAAAUGAUGAUAACUUCGUAAUUUUGGAAAACCUACGCAAGCUGCUUCAACCCUACUCCCCCGAUGAACCAAUCAGUUUUGGCUGCAAAAUGAAGAAUAACGAAAACCAGACUUACAUGCAUGGCGGUAAUGUCUUUAGCCGCGAAGCAUUGCGUCGCCUCGUUACCAAUGGCUUCACAAAUUCAAGUCUAUGUUACCUGGACGAUAGUCCCUACGAUGAUGAAGAAUUGAGCAGAUGCCUACGAAAUGUGGGCGUUUUUGCCGGUGACAGUCGUGACGCCAUGGGGCGCCAGCGGUUUUUGCCAUUCAAUCCCGAGCAAUAUCUGGUAGACCUGGAACCGGAUAUGCAGGAAUGGUAUUCAACUCGUUCGUAUUACGAAAUCAAUGCCACUACGAGAGAAUUGUCGAGGGAAGUAAUUUCUUUUUACAAUGUAAAUCCACCAACAAUGCUCUGCUUGUAUUAUUAUAUAUAUAAAAUGAGAAUUUUCGGAAGAAAAGUGCUACCUCAAAAUGGUACAACACAUUUUAUAAAUGGUACGUCGUCAGUAACUCACAGCAAUUAAAUUCAAAGGGGCCUAUAUAUGUAAUAUAUGUACAGCGGUCAAAAAAAAAUAUUCGACAUAAGUAAUAAAGUUUAUUAUUUUGUCAAUAAACCAAUUUUUGUCAAUUUUGUUAAUAAAUAAAUUGCCAACACCUGAUGCCGCCAUGCAUCCCCAUACCAUAACACCACCUCCACCAUGCUUGGUACCAUAUUUUUUUCUUCCAAUUUUGUGUUAGGCUUACACCAGAAUUUUGCCAUCACAUCCAAAAAGGUUCUAGUUACUUUCGUCGGCUAAAAUUAUAUCCAUUCAAAACUCAAUGGGCUUAUUUACGUGUUCCUUCGCAAAGUCUAAUCCUAUCUUCCUAUUUUUCUUCGAAAUAUGUGGUUUCUUUCUGGCUGAUCGCGCAUGAAAGUCAUGUUUUCUUAGCACAUUUCUUACUGUUUGGGAAGUAACAGAUACGCCUAUGUGCUUCUCAGCCAAUUUUGCCAAAACCGUGGCAUUACUUUUCGGAUCUUUUCUCACUUCCCGCCCGAUUCGCCGUUCAUCUAUUUCCGUAAGCUUGCGAGGUCGACCAGUCCUUUCCUUGUUUAUCACAGUGUUUUCUGUCUUGAAUUUUUUUAUGAUAUAAUGAACAGUAGUUAUUGGAUUCUGAACAAUUUCUGCUAUGCUUUUUUCAGUCUCUCCUAAUUUGUAAUGACGUAUUAUUAAAUUUCUUACAUCUAGAGAAGUUUCUUUGCUUUUACGUCCCAUCUUCGUGAUCACUUUUACAAAAAUGAGUAAAAAAUACUUGUAAAUAAUAAAUAAGAACUCUAACGGCAUUUUUACCAACAACAACAACAAAUAAUGCAAAAUACAUAUUCACUAUAAAAAAAAAAACAACUGUUGACGAAUACUUUUUUUUGCUUUGGAAUUUGUGCGGUCUUAUCCAAAAAGAUGACUGAGUGUUAAAAUGUGAAAUAUUGGUUAAUUUUAUAACGGUAUAUUCUGAAAUACAUACUUACUACACAACGUUAUCUUAAUCAGAAACUUAAACAUUUUUAAAGAGUACUAGCAUUUUGAAAUCAAUUUUAAUCAAUUACUCUAAUGUCGAAUAGUUCUUCUGACCGCUGUAUGUAGGUAUGUAUGUAAAGUUAUUAAAAUUAAUAGCCAACAAGUUUUGGAAAACAAUAAAAAUGUUGUAAAUGAUGUGUAAAUUUUCAACAAUAA